AUGGCAGGCGACCAUUACACGCCCAAGGCAGCGUCGCGCCUGGGGCAGAUCGCAGCUCAAAUACAAAGCCCCAAGUCCACCGACAGCAGUCCAUCCCCGCCAGUGAGACAGUCGGCAAAACGGACACGAAGGAAGGACAAAGAUGCACCUCCUUCCGAUUGGUCGGACAUACUAGGACAGAUUGAAACCGUAAAGCGCAUUGCAGAAACUCCACCGACAAGCCGUCCUGGCUAUGUGCGCCAGAAGCAAGCAGGCAAGCUGUGGGUCCGAGAACGCAUCGACGCCCUGCUCGAUCCCGGGAGCUUCUAUGAAGUCGGUUCGGUAGCAGGAACCAUAGAUUGGAGAACGACUGCCGGCAAAGAUAGCAAGGCGAAAGACGAGGUCCAAGGUUUCACGCCGAGUAACAACGUCCAAGGGUUCGGCACCGUGGGCGGACGUCGUGUUCUGUUCACCGCAGACGACUUCUCGUUGCGGGCUGGUCACGCAGAUGGAGCGAUCUGGGCCAAGAGCAUUUAUAUGGAGAAGCUGUGCCUCGACCUGCGGCUACCAAUCGUCAAGCUGGUCGACGGGAGCUCCGGUGGGGGCUCGGUGACGACCAUUAUGAAGGACGGCUUUAGCUACGUGCCUCCUACGCCUGGUUUCAGAGAGGUUGCAGAACAGCUCAGCCUUGGGAUCCCCAAUAUUGGUGCUGUGCUUGGCCCGGCAAUUGGCCUUGGUGCGGCACGGGUAACUGCUUGUCAUUUCUCCGUGAUGGCGAGUGAUGUCGGCUCCCUAUUUAACGCUGGGCCGCAUGUAGUAGCAAAAGCUACAUUUGAAGAGGGCUUGACUGUCGGUGAGCUGGGCGGGCCGGAUAUCCACUGUGCAAAUGGGACAAUCGACAACGCUGCCCCUGACGAGGCUGCCUGCUUCAUCCAGAUACGGCAGCUACUUUCCUACCUCCCCAGUUGUGGUCUAAACGAGCUACCUCCGAUCAAACCCCUGAACGAUCCUUCUAAUAGAGACGUGGUAACAUUGCGCACCAUCAUUCCGCGGCGCCGUCAACGGGCUUAUUCCAUGCUCCGUCUGAUAGAAGUCACUCUGGACCAAGAGUCUUGGUUCGAAAUAGGGGCUGGCUGGGGAAACACUGCAUUUGUGGGACUAGGCCGCCUGGGUGGUCGGCCUGUCGGGAUUGUCGCAAACAAUCCCGAAGUCCUCAGCGGUGCCACAGACGCUUUGGGGGCUCAGAAGGUAACGAGACACCUGAACUUUUGCGAUGUCUUCAAUCUUCCCCUGAUUCAGUUCGUUGACUGCCCGGGAUACGCUGUCGGUACUGCAGCAGAACGCCAAGCAACGAUGAAGUACGGAGUUGAACUGGGCAAGGCCUACUAUUCUACCACUAUGCCCAUAUUCAACGUCCUUGUCAGGAAAUGUUACGGGGUGGCCGGCGGUCUGAUGGUUGACUGCCGGGAUCCUCAUAACCGGAUAGCAUGGCCGAGUCUGGAAUCUGGAAGCCUCCCGCUGGCAGGUGGCAUCGAAGCAAGCCAUUCUAGAGAACUAAAAGAUGCUGGAGAGAAAAGAGCUGCGGUGUACGAAAAGUUGAUGGAAGAAUACACCAGGCUGCAAAAUCCAGUGCGCACUGCUGCGGCGUUUAGUGUCCCAGAGAUCAUAGAUCCAGCUGACACAAGGCGGUUGCUCUGUGCUUGGACGACUCACAUGUACGAUGUGAAGCUCCCAGAAAGACUGAGGGAUCGGCAAAGUGGCAAAAUCCAUCCAGUCUUCCGGUAA